CUUCCCUCAAUUCCCUCGAACGUACGUUGUCUACGACCGCGCUGGAGUCUCCAUGGAUCUGAUGUGGUUUUGUCUCGGAAACGAUCCCCACAUGAUCUCGAGGACUGCGACCGUAAUUGGCAAGCCUCGUGUGCGUGGCACUGCAAUGCGCCAGCCGCCACAAGAGUGGCCACCACUCCCUUGGCCUAUUCCACAUAAGGACAUUGUGGCUCCUUGUUGGUCGCGCUAUUCGCGAAUAUAAAAGCGCAGAUCAGCAAUCAUCCCCGUACGUCGUCCUCUGCCCUCCCUUGUGUGACAUAGCACCAGCGCACGACAUGCGCAGCAAUGCCUCAGCGCAGCUGGUUUGUACCGCCAAGACGCCGUUGUCUGGCGGUUCUUUUCUGCUGACCAUGGAGAUGCGUCCAUCACACGAACAAGGCCAAAGCACCGCCGGGUCCCCGCGGAAACAAAACCGAGCGACAGCACUACCCAAAGGAAUACUGGUCGCACCAAUGCCUCCGACCCCGUUCUACUCGCCACAAUAUCCCGCCUAUGUCUUCGCCGCCGCCCAUGCUCCCGGACAAGUUCCCGCUCCCGGACAAGUUGCCGUUGUGCCCCGGAUUGGCAUGCAAUCCUCGCGAGCGCCGCACCCAGGACACAUGUCAAUCGCUCAAAGUCGACCAGUGUCUCAUGGGUGGCCGGAGCGCGCCGUUCAUCCCCUGGCUGCAAGUUUUAUUCCUCCGGCGCUGCCGACACCCAGGCCAGGUUUCAUCAAAAGGACGGUGCCACAGCUUGUCUGGGACCCAUACCAAAAACAACGAUCGAAGAAGAACGCCAAGGACGUGGUCAUUCAUCACUUCCCGAAUGGCGUCACACCUCUAGAUACGCACCGCAUCACGUUCGACCUUGUUGGGCAGGCGCCGGGCAGUGGGAUCCCGCUGGCAUUGUUGGAUGUCGUGCACAUCGACGCCACCCUGUGCCAUCUGGUGGACGCUAACGAGCCUAUCCUCAUAGACAGACAACGGCUACAUGGCGACGACUGUGAGGUGGAAGCCGGUCAUUCGUACAAUUACAUCGAUCUCUGCAUGGCGUGGCCAGCUUACCUGCAGCACUCGAAGACCAAGUUCCGUUGCACUCUGACGAUCCGCGACGUCUGCGGGUACAGCUCUCGAGCGCGCAUUUUGAAAGACUGUUCGCGACAUAUCACCCACUUCUUCGAGUACGCUCAACGAACACCGAGCACUACUGCCAGAACAUCUGAGGAAGACAUGAUCUGGGCGUUUGGACCUAGCGGGCUGAGCUUCGACACAGUAAGGCUUGUAUCCCUCUUCCAGAUGGCAGGGCAGUUCUUCCUCGGCGAGUUCGACGCAGAAAUCUCACAGGAAGUCUGGGAUCGCCGACUCAACGAAGCGAAGGUCCCCAUGGUCUACUAGAUGACAGCGACAGAAUGACCCACCUUCGCGCGCGCGCCCAGACCACUAAGCAGGGCACAUUCGCUGUGCCGAUAUCCUCCUUCCACGGGGUACGGCAAUGGAACUCGUCGCUGCCGGACACUCACGCUGACCGGAACCACUGGGGAACUUGAGGAUCAGCCUCACGAUGACGGCACACCAGAGACAGAACUCGCAGCAUCAGCCAUUCACAUAAAUCAUUAUGAUAAGUUACGACGGCCAUCCUGCCAAUG